UUCGCUCACCCCCUCUGGCCCUGCCACCGUCUCCUCCGCCGCCCCCAUGGACUUACUGGGCCCCAUGGAGAUGACGGAGGGCUCCCUCUGCUCCUUCGCGGCCGCUGAUGACUUCUACGAUGACCCGUGCUUCAACACGUCGGACAUGCACUUCUUCGAGGACCUGGACCCCCGGCUGGUGCACGUCGGGGGCCUGCUGAAGCCCGAGGAGCACCCGCACCACCACGGGCACCACCACGGGCACCCGCACGAGGAGGAGCACGUCCGUGCGCCCAGCGGGCACCACCAGGCCGGCCGCUGCCUGCUGUGGGCCUGCAAGGCUUGCAAGAGGAAGACCACCAACGCCGACCGCCGUAAAGCCGCCACCAUGAGGGAGCGGCGGCGGCUCAGCAAGGUCAACGAGGCCUUUGAGACCCUCAAGCGCUGCACUUCCACCAACCCCAACCAGCGCCUGCCCAAGGUGGAGAUCCUGCGCAACGCCAUCCGCUACAUCGAGAGCCUGCAGGCGCUGCUGCGGGAGCAGGAGGACGCUUACUACCCGGUGCUGGAGCACUACAGCGGGGAAUCGGACGCCUCCAGCCCUCGCUCCAACUGCUCCGAUGGCAUGAUGGAGUACAGCGGGCCUCCUUGCAGCUCUCGCAGAAGAAACAGCUACGACAGCAGCUACUACACAGAAUCACCGAAUGAUCCAAAGCUUGGGAAGAGUUCUGUCGUUUCCAGCCUUGAUUGCCUCUCAAGCAUUGUAGAGAGGAUUUCCACAGAUAACUCCACAUGUCCUAUAUUGCCUCCAGUGGAAACUGCUGCUGAAGGGAGUCCCUGCUCCCCCCCAGAAGGAGCGAGUCUGAACGAUAGCGGAGCCCAAAUUCCUUCCCCCACCAACUGCACCCCGCUUCCCCAGGAUAACAGCAGCAGCAGCAGCAACCCUAUCUACCAAGUGCUAUAAAGGCAGGUCCAGCUGGACUGCACUGAAAACAAAUUGCUCCGUUCAGCCACGCUCCAAGACCUGCCUUCUGAGACUGAAAAGACUUUUCAAGACUUGUUCCAGUUUUAAAAUAUCACUCAGAAUUCCUUCAAAUAUAUAAAUUCUCAAACCUGUAUUACUUCAAAAUACACCUAGUUAUUUAUUGGUUGUUAAACUAAAGUUAUUUAAUAUGUCUAGAGAUAAAAUUGUAUACCAUGAAAUGGCCAAUGUUUAAUCCUGGGCUUUGGGGAAUAGGAACCUGGCUCUUUGAAUGUGGAGAAUAGAAAUCUACGACAGUAGUGGCAUGACAGAUCCUUCCUAUUACUCCUAUUCUGGCCAAAAUAAGGUUGUGGACCAUUUUUUAUAAAACUUUUUGUAUAAUUGUAAAUAAGAGUUGCUUUGCA